CCCCCAAGGUAUGUAAUGAAUAAAAUAAGAAAAGGGGAGAAAGAAAACCCUAACACGCGCGGUUACUCAGCGAGCGAUUGGCCACAAAUGGAGGAUUCUAUCAGAAACAACAACUCGGGAGAUGUUUUACCAACAGAAAAGAUCCGUAAAGGGAAAUCAAUGGCGAAUUCAAAAAAAAGGGUUCGUAAAGGGGAAUUACUGGCAAAUCCUAAAAAAAAGGUUCGCAAAGGGAUCAACGAUAUUUCUUCUUCUUCAUCUACCAUCAGUGUCGGUACGGCGAAGCCAUGGAUGAUAAGCAUAGACAUUGAGUUACUUAAGGAAAUGAUGAGGAUUAGCCAAGAAAAGGAUGUAUUAGAAUUGCAAUCUCGUAUUAAGAAGCCGGUUGUUCCUAUAACAUUUGAAAUUCCUAUCUUAGAAGAUGAUCAAGACUUGGAUCGAUUCCAAUAUCAUCGGAAUCGGCUGAAAACAAUUGCUACUCGUGCAAAACGACGCAACCUAUAUGGUACUAAAUUGUGUAUCAAUCGUACAAUGCCCAUUUCUGAUUUUAUAGCCAAGUAUAAAAGCUUAGAAGCUGACACGUGUCGGAAAACAUGUCAAACUUACUUGGCUGGGAGACUUACCAGCAAGGUAUAUUCAUCAGACGUGAUAACUUAUGACUUGGUUGGUUUCGGUGGAGAGAUUCAAGUCAAGGCUUUUCCGAGGUUUGCUUUUGGCGUAAAAGAUAACUUUCUUGAACUUCAUUUUGAUUUAAGAGUUGGAGACUAUGUUGGUGUUGUUGGUUUUCCUGCAACAAGUAGCUCUGGAGAGCUGAGUAUUAUAUCAGAAUCAAUCAUACGUUUAUCUUAUUGUCUACAUAAGAUGCCACCCUUGCUGCCCAAUUUGAAGGAGUUUGAUGCGUCGACUCCUGGAAGCGGUGGAUAUCCUGAUGCUUAUAUCUUAAAAGAUCAGGAAACAUGCUUUUGUCGAUCUUCUCAGGAUCUGACAUCCUCGGAGGUCAAAGUUAUAUACGAUACACGGGAAAAAGUUGUAUCUUGUAUUAGAUAUUUCCUUGACAAUCUUGGUUUUCUGAAGGUUGAUUCUCCCAUAUUGACCAUGGUUCCUGGUGGAGCUGAUGCACAUCCUUUUGGGACUCCUUACAAUUACCUAAACAUGAAAAUGUUUAUGGAAAUUGCUCCUGAACUUUAUCUAAAGCAGUUUGUUGUUGGUGGAAAAGAACGUGUAUAUGAGGUUGGGAAACAGUUUAGAACUGAUGGGAUUGAUCCGAUACGUUGUCCUGAAUUCAUGUGUCAGUUCUAUAUGGUUCUUGCAGACUACGAGUACUUGAUGCAGCUGACUGAGAAAAUGUUAAGCUGCAUGGUGAAGGAGCUGACAGGUAGUUACAAAGUUGCAUAUCAUGCCAAUGGGUAUGAUAAUAAACCGAUUGAAAUUGACUUCACUCCUCCUUUCAGACGGAUUUCUAUGAUUAGAGAGUUGGAGAAGAUGGCGAAUCUUAAUAUACCCAAAGAUCUUGCGAGUGACGAAGCAAGACAAUAUCUUGCUGCUGCAUGCACCAAGUUUGAUAUCAAAUGUUCCCCACCUCAAUCAACAGCAAUACUCUUGGAAAAACUUACAAGACACUUUCUGGAGGACACUUGUGUUAAUCCUACUUUCAUAAUGGAGCACCCUGAUAUAAUGAGUCCACGGGCAAAAUCACUUCUAGGCAAAUCAGGAUUGACUGAACGUUUCCAAUUGUUUAUCAACAAGUUCGAGCUCAUAAAUUCAUACACAGAAGAAAAUGACCCUAUGGUACACCGCAAACGAUUUGCAAAUCAAGGAAAGGAUCAACAAUCAGGAGAUGGGGAAUCAUUGUUAUGUAUGGCUCUUGAUUACGGUUUGCCACCAAUUGGUGGAUGGGUUUUGGGUAUUGAUAGGCUUACAAUGUUGCUCACUGAUUCACAAAACAUCAAGAUAGGAAGUUAUACUUUCCCUACCAUGAAACCACCACUACACCAUGAACAUCCCAUCAAAGAAGAUAUUGUGCCAUGUGAAAUUAAUUAAAAUGUGGAGGAUGAAGCUGAAGAUGACAUCGACUCUGUAACCACUCGCUACUUUGCAGAAAGCACUUAUCGUGUCUAUAGUCCUAGAACGCUACACAAAAAAGGUGAUCUUUUACUAGGUUGUGCUGUAUAUGUUAGUAUUAGGAAUUGUCAACUCAUCUUAUUAACUGGGUUUUAUGCAACGAUGGUUUUAUUUAAUAGAAAUUAAUUCCUAACGUA